AUGGGAGCAGAACUUAGCAAGGCUUCCACCAUGGAUGAGGCCUCAGACGAGCCUCCCACAUCUGCUGUCCUCCUAGACAGCUGCCACUUCUCCCAGGUGGUCUUCAACAACGUGGAGAAGUUUUAUGUCCCUGGGGCAGACGUGACCUGUUGUUACACCCUGACCCAGAACAUCACCCCUCGAGGGAAGGACUGGGUGGGAAUCUUCAGGGUGGGAUGGAAAACGACCCGGGAAUAUUACACCUUCCUGUGGGCUCCUCUGCCCAGUGACCCCCUCAGUGACACCCCCGUGCAGCAGCAGAUCCAGUUCAAGGCUUAUUACCUGCCCAAGGAUGAUGAGUAUUACCAGUUCUGCUACGUGGACCAGGAUGGGGUGGUCCGUGGAGCCAGUGUGCCUUUCCAGUUCAGAGCAGAGACUGAGGAUGACAUCCUGGUGGUUACCACACAGGGAGAGGUGGAAGAGAUUGAGCUACAAAACAAAAAUCUACGUCAAGAAAAUGAGGAGCUGAAAGCAAAUUGUGCCAGUCUCCAGAGCCAGAACACCCACCUGCAGGAGGAGGUCACCAAGGCACAGGAGCUGCAAAAGAGUUUGGAGUCUCUCAGGAGCAACACAGAGAAACUGGAGCUGGAGCUGGAUUCCCUGAAAAAGGAAAAUAAACAUCUGAAGGAGCUGGAUGGCUGCAGAGAGGCAGAACUGCAGCAACUCAAAGAGCAAAUUCAGACUGUGAGCUCUGACAAGGAACGUCUGGAGAGCAGCCUGAAGGCAGCCCUGGAGCAGAUGGACCAGCUGCAGUCUCAGGUGUCUAGUUAUGAGAAGGAGGUGGAGAACCUGGCUCGUGUGGACCAAGAGAAGACAGAGCAGCUGGAAGGUUUAAAGGAGGAGAAUCAGCAGCUCCGGGUGGUUGGAGCUCAGCAGGAACAAACCCGUGACCUGAUGAAAGAACUGGAGGAGCAGAAGCGUUUGUGUCAGGUUCUGCAGGCACAAAAGAAGGCAGCUGAGGAGGAAAAUCAGAACCUGCGGGAAGAGAAUGAUAUGCUCCUGAGGCACCUCUCACAGCCCAGAGAGGCUUCUCCCAUCUCUGUUGCUUCACAAGCUCAAGCUCCAAUCCCAGCUCCAGGAGCAGAAGACCUCCUGUUUGGAAAUCCGUAUGGUGCUGCAGGAGCAAACCUGGGGGCAGGAGCUGCAGAAGUGGCUUCCCUAAGGAAGUGCCCCAUGUGCAAUGACGUCUUUCCUGAAGAAAUUGAAGCAAGUGAGUUUGAGGCCCACGUGCAGAGUCACCUCCUGGAGUGCCCGCUCUGCAGCGAGACCUUCGAGAAGGCCAAUCAGCAGGUGUUUGAUGACCACCUUUUUUGUCAUCACCUGGAAUAA